UAUAAAGGGGAAACUAUCGCUAUCUGUGGUACAGAGUGACCACGGUAAUCCAGUACAAUGGGGAAGAUAAUCUUUUACGAGGACAGGAACUUCCAGGGCCGCCACUAUGAGUGCAGCAGCGACUGUGCUGACCUGCACUCCUACUUCAGCCGCUGUAACUCCGUCCGUGUGGAGAGCGGCUGCUGGAUGAUGUACGAGCGCCCCAAUUACAUGGGGUACCAGUACUUCAUGAGAAGGGGAGAGUACCCCGACUACCAGCGCUGGAUGGGGUUCAAUGACUCCGUCAGGUCCUGCCGCAUGAUCCCACAGUACCAAGGAUCCUACAGGAUGAGGGUUUAUGAGAGACCUGAAUUUGGAGGUCAGAUGAUGGAGUUCAUGGAUGACUGUCCCUCUGUCUACGAUCGUUUCCGUUACAACGACAUUCACUCCUGCAACGUGAUGGACGGCUACUGGAUCAUGUAUGAGCAGCCCAACUACAGAGGAAGACAGUACUUCAUGAGGCCCGGAGAGUACAGGAGAUACAGCGACUGGGGAGGCAUGAGCUCCAGGAUUGGGUCCUUCAGACGCAUUGCCGACUUUUAUUAACACGUGAUUUAAUAGUAUUCAAAUUCUUAAUA